CUGCCCUGCUUUCGCUGUUCCUUUUGUUGUUUCGUUAUUCAUCGCUCCCGAGGCAGCGGGGACGGCCACUCAAGGGUUAAAUCGCCGCUUUUCUCCGCGCUCCGGCUGGAAAGUUUCGCCUCCCUUUGAUUUUCGGGGCAGGGAAGCGGGGAAGGGCGAGUUGCUGCAAGUUCUUUGAACCAAUUCCCGUGGAAGGGAGAGCUCCGGGGUCUGUGGGAGCCGAGCCGGGAGGGCUGGAGCGCGGCUGUGCCCGAAAACUUUCCCGGAGUUAAAAAUUGGGGGAAUGAAUCCCUGUGGAGGCAGCGCUGGGAAGGAGCCUCAGAGCAGCUGAGGGAGCCCUGAGGAGGAGCUGCUGGAGGAGGGGACACCCCACUAACUGCACGAGCCUCCUGCCCCUACUAACAAAUGUCAACAACUCGGGAGCAGCCCAUCUUCAGCACCAGGGCCCACGUGUUCCAGAUCGACCCUGCCACCAAGAGGAACUGGAUCCCAGCCAGCAAACACGCCCUGACCGUCUCCUACUUCUACGAUGCCACGCGCAGCGUCUACAGGAUCAUCAGCGUGGGGGGCACCAAGGCCAUCAUCAACAGCACCAUCACCCCCAACAUGACGUUCACCAAGACCUCGCAGAAGUUCGGGCAGUGGGCAGACAGCAGGGCCAACACGGUGUACGGGCUGGGCUUCGCCUCUGAGCAGCACCUGAGCCAGCCCCAGGGUGACUCUUCCCUUCCCCUCCAGUUUGCAGAGAAGUUCCAGGAAGUGAAGGAGGCAGCUCGUGUGGCCAGGGAGAAAUGCCAGGAUAAAACUGAGCUCACCAACCCUGCCCUGAGCAUCCCUUCCCACCAGGUGCUGCCCAGCCCCAUCAUCAGCUCCAAUGGACCUGGGGAGGACAAACUGUUCCGCAGCCAGAGCGCGGAUGUGGAGAUCAGCACUGAGAAGGAGAGGCUGAAGAAGAUGCUCUCCGAGGGCUCGGUGAGCGAGGUGCAGUGGGAGGCCGAGUUCUUCAGCCUGCAGGACAACAACUCCAAGCUGGUGGCGGCGCUGCACGAGGCCAACGCCAGCGUGGAGCAGUGGAAGAAGGAGCUGGCGGCGUACCAGGAGGAGACGGAGGCGCUGCGCCAGCGGGUGGCAGAGCUGGAGGCUCAGGGCACCCAGGACUCCUCCAGUGACAACAACAAGGAGGAGCUGAGCCAGAGCCUGGAGGAGCUGGAGCUGCUGCUCAAGGCCAAGGAUGAGGAGAUCCAGCUGCUGAAGAGCCAGAGGUGCGGCCGCUGGGAGGCCGAGGGCGAGCGCGAGGAGACGCUGCAGAAGCUGCAGGAGCUGGAGGCCCGGAACGCGGAGCUGGAGCAGCGGCUGCAGCUGGCAGAGCAGAGCCUGGCAGAGAGCCUGGCACAGAGGGACAGGGUGCAGCACGAGGUCACCAGGGUGGCCGAGAUCAUGGAUGUGAAGAUCUUCGAGCUCAGCGAGCUCAGGCAGGGCCUGGCCAAGCUGGUGGAGAGCAACUGAGCAGAGCAGAGAGCCCUGGAGAGGGGCAGCUCAGCUGGGGCUGGGCACCACCCAGACACCCUGAGCGCACCCAGAGAUCCUUGGGCACCACCCAGAGAUCCUGUGGGCACCAAGAGAGAUCCUGGGCACCACCCAGAGCUUCCGUGGGCAUCACCAAGAGAUCCUUGGGCACCACUGAGAGCUCCCGUGGGCACCCAGCAGCCUCAGCCCUGCCCGGGCAGGAUUUGCCACCCACCAGCAGCUGCCUGGCCAGAGCGGGCACCAGGCUGGGCCCUCGCUGCCCAGGGAGCCCCAGAGCAGGGCACAGAGCUCCUGAACCCCCAAAUCCUCUCCAGGGAGCUCCUGAACCCCCAGAUCCUCUCCAGGGAGCUCCUGAACCCCCAGAUCCUCUUCAGGGAGUACCCAAAGUCCUCAAAUCCUCUCCAGAACCUGAGCUCCCAAAUCCUCUCCAGGGAGCCCCUGAAGCCCUGAACCUUUUCCAGGGAGCUCCUGAACCCCCAAACCUCUCCAGGGAGAAUCUGAGCUUCCAAAUCCUCUCCAGGGAGCCCCAGCCCAGCUCCCUGGCCCUGCCCCGGCCGUGGCACAGCCCAGAGGUGCCAGCUGUGCCCAGCUGUGCCCAGAGGUGCCAGCUGUGCCCGUGCCACCCCCUUGCCACACCCCAGAGCUGCCCCCCAGGUUUUUACAUUUUCCAAGGGCACGGGGCCGAGCCCUUUGGUUUUUCUGUGGUUUUUUAGGAGCCAUUUGCCUUCUGCAGGUCCUGCCUGGAGCAGCUGGGCACGGCCAGCACUGAGCCUCCUCCUCCUCCUCCUCCUCUUCCUCCAUCCUGGGCGCUCCCAGCCCCUGGAGCAUCCCAGGGGAGCAGAGAUGGAGGAAAAUUCUGGAUUUCCCCAGGGGAAAAUGCUGCAGUUCCACAGCCUGGAUGAGCUGAACACAGAGGAUUUGAGGCCUGCUGGAAAACUGGGGCUGGGCUGGGGAAUUUGGGACAAGGGACAUCCCUGAGGGCACCAAGCUGCUGGGUUGGCACCUCUGAGGUUAAUUGGAAUUAAAUGGAGCAAAUCUCA